UCGGUCCGUAGGCGUCAUCAUGGUGUGUGGGUCGGAGCGUUUUUGAGAGGCGACCAGUUUGUUUUGAAUCGAUAAAAGGCGCGGGGGCAUUUUUGUUAUUAUGCUGAUGGUUUCGCGAGACGAGGCGUGCUCUCGUCCUACGGAUUCGCUAUGGAGAAAAUCGUUGGCGGUACGCGACGCGUAAUUACGAAAUAAGUUUUGAAAACGGAAAACGAUAUACGAGGGCGCGUACGAUGUCGAGCUCGGAACAAGCUUUUCUCGUACGUCGACUCGAGUGGAAUCGCAAAUGGACGGCCGUUUUAUUAUCGAUGUUAUGCGUGAUCUCGUCGAACCCAACGAUCGCCGACUCGAUAUUGUAUGGUGGCAAGGAUAAUCAGUGUCCCGUGGAGUGUGCGUGCCUUGGGAAUGUGGUCGACUGCAGUAGCUUACAAUUGAUCGGGGCACCCAGUGGUCUACCACCAUGGACAGAGAUCUUGGAACUAAGGGAGAAUAAUAUUGCUAGCUUGGAAUUUGAUGCAUUAUUACAUUUAGCUAAGCUCAAAGAAUUGGACCUCAGCGCUAAUAAAUUUGGAGAUAACUUUACAAUUGUAUUAUCUGAAAGUACACAAUUACAGGGACUUAAAGUAAAUAAGAACCAUUUAACACAAGUGCCAGAUUUGUUUUUUGUUAAGAGUUUAGCACAUCUUGCCUUGGCUCAUAAUGAAAUCAGUGAUAUAAAUGGAACAGCAAUACGCAGCUUAGAACAGCUUCAGAGUUUGGAUAUCAGUGGGAAUAAAAUAAGUGUCAUUAAAAAUGGAUCUUUCCUUGCUCCUAAUUGUCUUAUGCAUUUAAACUUAAAUAUGAAUCAAAUAAGAGUAAUAGAAAAUGGAAGUCUGGAUAACUUGACUUCUUUAGAGGAAUUACGCUUAAACAAAAAUCAUCUGACACAAUUGAAAGAUCUAUUUACAAAUUUGAAGAGUUUGCGUAUAUUAGAAAUAAAUAGAAACGAACUACAGACAAUUCAAGGGCUUAGUCUUAAAGGUUUAAAUAAUCUUAAAGAAUUACGCUUAAAAAGAAACAAGAUAGAGACGCUGUAUGAUGGCGCGUUCUGGCCGCUGAAAAAUUUAACGAUUUUGCAACUUGAUUUUAAUUCGUUAACUACCGUCAGGAAAGGUGGCCUGUUCGGAUUACAACGUUUAGAAAAACUGACGCUAUCGCAUAAUCGAAUAAGUAUGAUCGAAACGCAAGCUUGGGAUUUGUGUAAAGAAAUCGUGGAACUAGAUCUAUCGUACAAUGAGAUAACUUCCAUUGAACGGGGUACCUUCGAAUAUUUAGAUAAGCUGGAAAAACUCAAGAUGGACCACAAUCAAAUUACGUACAUUUCAGAUGGUGCAUUCGGUUCGACUCCCAACUUGCAAAUACUGGAAUUGAAUUUUAAUAAAAUAUCGUACAUGGUGGAAGAUACCAACGGCGCUUUCGGCCCAUUGGGACAGUUAUGGAAAUUAGGAUUGGCACACAAUAGAAUAAAGUCAGUGAAUAAGAAAGCGUUUACAGGAUUAAGUAGCGUGACCGAAUUGGAUUUAACCGGAAACAAUGUAACGAGCAUUCAGGAAAAUGCUUUUGUUUCAAUGACCAGUUUAAUGAAACUCCGGAUGAACUCGAGAGUCUUGGUCUGCGAUUGUGGUUUACAAUGGCUAAGUAUGUGGUUACGAGAGCACAGGUACAGCGAUGCGGAAGUAUACUGCGGAUAUCCACAUUGGCUACAGGGUAUGUCAUUGACGCAACUCCAUCACAAAAAUUUUACAUGUGACGAGUAUCCUAAACCAAGGAUAAUCGAAGAACCUAAGAGCCAAAUGGGCAUCAAAGGUGAUAAUGUAACGUUGGUUUGCCGCGCGACCAGCACCGCUAAUGCACCGUUGCAUUUUACUUGGAAGCACGACAACAUAGAAAUGGAAAGUGGCAAUUUGCAAAUAAACACUGAUUCCAUGGAGAGUAGCGGGGUAACAGAGGCAUCUUCCAUUUUGCACUUGACAAACGUUACGCAUGCAAACGCUGGCAAAUAUCAGUGCAUGGUAACGAACACCUACGGGACAACCUAUUCUGCAAAAGCGAAAUUGAGCAUUUUGAUAUAUCCAUCAUUCUCAAAAAUUCCGCAUGAUAUACGGGUGACCGCUGGGAGCACCGUUCGUCUCGAAUGUUCCGCGGAAGGGCAGCCAUCGCCGCAAAUAGCAUGGCAGAAGGAUGGAGGAAAUGACUUUCCAGCGGCGAGAGAGAGAAGAAUGCACAUGAUGCCGAUUGACGAUGUAUUAUUCAUUGUUGAUGUGAAAACCGCCGAUAGCGGUGUUUAUUCGUGCACUGCGCAAAAUCUUGCUGGCCUUAUUGUCGCGAAUGCUACGCUGGCCAUAUUAGAAACUCCGUCGUUUGUGAAACCGAUGGAGAACAAGGAAAUAAUGGUCGGCGGCUCGAUCGUGUUGGAGUGUAUGGCGGGCGGCAUGCCCAGACCGAAGCUGUCCUGGCGCAAAAACGGAAAUCCUUUACAGGCUACCGAGCGUCACUUUUUCACCGCUGAAGAUCAGUUACUAAUUAUCGUUAAUACUAUAGCCAGCGACGCUGGAAGUUACGAGUGUGAAAUGAGUAAUUCAUUAGGUAGCGUUGUUGGUGCAUCCCAUCUGACGGUGAAGCCAGCUCCUACUUCUAGUCCUGCUGCAGUGAACGAAGACGACAUACUGGGUUUAAUAAUAAUCACUGUAGUAUGCUGCGCUGUUGGUACGUCCGUAGUAUGGGUAGUAAUAAUCUAUCAGACCAGGAGGCGUCUGAACGCUGUUGCCCAAGGUGGAAAUGCGCAACCGUCAACGGCUGUAGCGACCGCGAUACCAGACACACAGACACAUUUAUAUUUAGAAACAAGUUCACAACACAGCAAAGACAGUGGUACAGGAGACAGUACCAAUCCUAGUAGCGAUCAGUUACAAUUGUGCUUACCUGAGGAAAUCGUCACGUGUUCCGUGCAUAACGAAGAAGAAACAGGAGCCGUGAACAGCGGGGCUCCGUUAUUACGGUACACGAACCACGAACGGCAUGAUCGUGAGAACGACGACUGCGCGGUGUAAACGCAGCGAUCUCAAGCACGCGAAUCCAUUGAUUCGUCGUGCUUCUUAUACGAGUGAUUGUGAGUUGCCUCGAAGCGUUUGGACAAAGAACGAUUUUACGAAUGAUCGUGGGGACCGAUUAGGACAUCAAAGGAUACUCGUCUGACGAUUCGUCCCGUGAAUCGUGGAAGGAGACGCGUCGUCCGAGACCGAACGGUUACCCGAGCAUUGCGUAACAUAGUAUUUAUCACCAUACUUAGAAUUCGUUAAUUGUAUCCGCGUACUACUGCACGACUAUCGGUAAGUACAAGUGAUAGCGAGAAAGGCACGUGUCAUUGGCGUAUUUAUUAUCGAGACGAGUGUUGGCGAGUGCGCAGCGUUCGAGAGCGUAAACAUGAAAGUACUAAUACCGUAUAAUUUGUAAAUACUCUAGGAUAAGGAUCCGUCGUAAUUUGUAUUCGUUGUAUCGUCGAACAAAAGAAAGCAGCCGUGUACGGUAUGACAAACGGGAUACACCGUAAGCCGCAAGAGCCACUUUAUUAUUAUAGACCAGUCUUUUGUGAUAGAUAUUUAUUUUAGGAUUACGCGAAACUAUUAGACGGUUAUAUUUAUAAUGCCGAAUGAUGUGACUUUGUCUAAAAAAAGAAAAGGAAGAAAAAAAUUGAGAAACAGAAAAGAGAAACACGUACACACGUCCCUGCGCACACAAAUCAUUAUUACACAUUUUCAUCAAACACGCGACACAUACGCAUAUAGUGUGUAUAUAUAGUAUAUAUAUUAUGUAUAGAGAGAGAGAGAGACACAUACGUAUACUUGUUUGCACCAAAGUGCUCGUAAUAGACGCGUCGCGAUUUGUCUUCCCCUUGAUUUUUUAUUCGUAGUCUGAUUAUUAAUGCCAUUUUGGACGAGUGCGCCGGAAGUUUUCAUUCAUCGAUGACGAUUGCUCAUGUUUUUUUUUUAAUCGUUUAGGUACCGAUGUCUGCCUGUUUUCGAAUACGCGCUUAAUUAUCAGCUUUUAUCGACGACUUUACCUUUAGUAUUAUAUUUACUAAAGUUUCGAAUAUGCAGUGGUCGUUUCUUUUUUCCGAGACAAGUAAGCGUAGUGAUACUUUCGUUGCUUCGCGGGCGUCGUUCGGGCAACACUGUAGACUCUACACACGACCUGUGCGGUAUUACGAUGCGUUUGUUUCUUUGCGUUAUCACGACAGGAUCGUGCACUCGUGCCCAACUUCGUUCAAAAUAUGUGUCAGUGAUUAUCAACGUUGUGUAACUCAAUGAUCUGUAAAAAUUGAAUUUGUCUUUCAUUUUGGGUUAUAUCGACCGACAUUAUAAAUAUUCAGUUGAAUAGUCUUAAUAGUUGUAUCGUUACGCGGAAAGAAAAAAACAUUCUUGUUCAAAACGCGAAACUGGAAAGUUUUUAAACGAGACAAAAAUGACUUGUGCCAGUCGCAUGAUCACUGGCACAUAACAACGCACAAAGUGUCGGCGAUGCGAAAUUAUAAUGAAACAACACAUUGUACGUGUGUGCAUCGAUCUUUACUGAUCCGAGAACGAAUAAACGUACACAGUGUUGUCGAUGAUUCAUACCGUUCGAGGCGUAUACCGGCAGACUUCAAUGCGGUAAGAAUCAUCGAACCUACGCAUCGAGACGGUUUUCCGUGCGUUCCGUAAGUUUAGUGUCUGAAUAUCGUUUGAACAUGUUGAAGUGUGUGUGUGACGAAAGAAUAUAUCGGGCAAGUUAGAGACGCGUGUUUCGACGGAGAAGAAAUUACUCGUGUUUCGUCGUGUGUUCGUAUGUAACUUUCCCGCAAAACCCCGUAGGUACAGAAGAAUAAGGUUUCUUUUCUUCAUUGUAUUGUACACGAGUUGGUAGGAUGUAACCGCAGUUACACUUAAUAUAGUUAAGCGAGCGAUAGACCGCCCGUUCGCUGUGUUGUAAGACUUUCUUUCUGUAACGGAUCUUACUUCUGUGACUUUCGAAUUAAUUUUGUGAUAUUUUUGCCCCGUGUAUAGAGAGAUAUGAACACGUUUCCCGCGGUAUAAGCAUUGAACGGGGAAAGCACAAAUAUUCGAGCCUGAGAACGUUUCACGCUCGAGAUAUAUCGUUGAUUAAAUUUUCUAAUUAUUGAAAGGUGGUGACGUUCGUCGUGUCUUUGUCGAUAAUUAAAUACGGUCGAGCGACGUUAAACAAAAAAAAAGAAAGUACACACUUUGCAUAUACAUCUAUAUAUUUUUCUAGACCUUGUAUUUCGUGAGAAUACCCGGAGGAGCGGCGUGAAAUUUGCACUGAAAACGCCGCUUCAUGGAUACUGCCCAGUCACGAUCGCAGUUUUCAACAUUCUUGAGUCACUCGAUUAAGCGUACACAAAAACCGAACCGAAUCAGUUAGGAAAUCGUUGGCACCUCAGACUUUCAUUGAAUCAAUGAAACUUUUUCACCGCAUUUCUAUUUAAGCGACGCGGAUAUCCAUUUGAUCAUUUAUUAUUGUUAACGCCGUAUCUCAUUUUUAUCUUUUUUUACUUCGUGUUGAAGUAUCCAUCUUUCGGGGGAUAUCACGUCGUUCCGUUCCAAGGAAACGUGCGGCGACGUUGCGAAACGAACGUUAUGUGAAAGGUGGAGAAUUCGCGAGGCGCGCAAAGUGUGUUUGGUCGAAAUGACGUGAAACUUUCGAACGCCUGCGUGAAUCGCGAGCGGCGAACCCGAACGAUCGCGUAAUGAACUUACCAAUGACAAGUAUUAAGUUGUAUUGCCAAUUCAUAGAGGAUCUAUCGCGAAGAACGUUAAUCAGCUCGUGCCCGUGUGAUACACCAAAUAAGGUAUCCCCGUUUAAUUCAGUAUUUUUCCUUGUUGUUACAUGGUAUUGUAAACAAAUAUAAAUAAUUAUUCAACCUGACAA